AUGAGCAGUGUGCUGACCUUGGUGGGCCAACCAAGGAAAUUCUUCCAUGAUGCAAUAGCAUGUUUUGCAAAAGUUGAUCCUGCCUUUAACAUUCAACUUUUUGUAGGCUUGCAGGGUCAUUUCAUUCCAUUUUAGCUCAUUUUAUUAGGUUGAUGCUGUGGCUUCCGGCUACAGCAUUCUCCACGAUGGUCCAGGAUUUGUGGGGCUUGGACCUUGUCUCAGAGAGCACCUGGCUACUGGCUGCGUAGAUACAGCAAAGGAACUUGUGAGUCUGGAUGACUUACCAGACUUAGACUUGAAACAUAUUCUGGAGGCAGAAGUAAGUAGUAUUUAAUUUUUAAUGGGACCGUAGAAGCCCACCUUACAGCCACUUUGUUUUUGUUACCACCCACCUUGUUAUUAUGGCCAUAUUCACUUUAUUUAUUUUAUUAUUUUUUUGCGAAAGCCUUGUUUAUAACGCCUCUGUACUUGUGCAAUCUUGGAAAGAAAAGUGUUUUUGCUGCUUGUACCAUUCCACUGGUUGUAAUGUAGGCAACACUUCAUUCUCAUUGUAGAUUGUAUUGUCCAUAGUCCUGUUUUUGGAAAAGGUGAAGAAGACUGCCUUAUUGCAAUUUUUUUUCAUUUAUUCAACAGUGUUUAAUUUAAAACUAUCUAAAUAAAGCACACUUUAUUCUAAAAACGUUUUAAUGCUGGUUCAAAGUAUAAAAAGGAAUUUUCCUUUGUCACUUAAAAUUUUACAGAAGGAAGUGAAGGACAUUGAUAUAUCUGCAAAAGACAAAGUGGAGGAGCUAAUGGUGAGGCACGGGCUUAGUGACAUCCCACUUACAGACCUGAACAAAGAGAAAGCUGUGAAUGAUCUGCUGGUUGCAGAAGUCAUCAUCAAACGUACACUUUCGCUGGACCGAUUCUUUGCAGGCCUGAAUUGUGUUGGCCUUGGCGAUUUGUUGCGAACGUAUCCUGUUAUCAAAAAUGUCCUCUUCCCCUCACCAGACCAGGUGAAUGGUUUCAGGUGGGACCCAUAG